AUUUAUGGUGUGUGUGUGUGUAUGUGUGUCCAGUGUUGAAAAAAGAACAAAAAAGAAGAAAAAAGGAAUAAAAAAAACAAUAAAUAAUUAAGCUAAAAGGAGAAAGACAAAAAAAAUAAUAAUAAAACGAAAGGAUGCGUUGACAAUUGUGUUAAAAAAGAGGUGUCUCUGGAAUGAGGUGAUUGGGGAGUGUUACGAUUUAAUAUACAAAAAAAAAAAAUACAAAUUAAUCAGUCUUUGGAAUGAAUUAUUUAUCUGUGUAACAGCUCAAGUAAAUAGUAAAUGAGGGAACCAAAAGAUAGUUAGAGGGACAAAAUAAUGCCUGAUGUUGAAGUUGAUGGUGGAAGUGGGGAUAACGAGGUCGACUCAAAUUCCUCAGCAAAAAUUGAACCUGGUGAAUCAUCAAAUAAUAAAGAGGACGAAACACAUGAUCCUGAUAACGAUACUGGACUUAAUACAAAUUAUGACAGUGGUGAUGGAGCUAGUUCUGUAUUCAGAUGUGAUAAAUGUGAUAAUUAUGAAACAAUGAAUAAAACAGCAUUUUGUACACAUCAAGAAAAAUGUACAUCAAAUAUUGAAGGUCGUGAAAGUACUGAAGGUAUGGAAAAUAACGAUAAUUAUAAUGAUGCUGAUGAUAGUCAAUCUGGACAUCGUUCACAUAGAAAAAUGUUUGAAUGUGAUGUUUGUAAUAUGAAAUUUUCAAAUGGUGCAAAUAUGCGACGUCACAAGAUGCGACAUACUGGUGUUAAGCCAUAUGAAUGUCGAGUAUGUCAAAAAAGAUUUUUUCGUAAAGAUCAUCUUGCUGAACAUUUUACAACUCAUUCAAAAACAUUGCCAUAUCAUUGUCCAAUUUGUAAUCGAGGUUUUCAAAGACAAAUUGCAAUGAGGGCACACUUUCAAAAUGAACAUGUUGGUCAACAUGAUAUGGUUAAAUCAUGUCCACUAUGUAACUAUCGUGCAGCAACAAUGAAAUGUUUACGAUUACAUUUUUUUAAUAGACAUGGAAUAGAUCUUGAUAAUCCAGGACCAAAUAGUUCAACAUCAUUGAUAAAUAGUUGUACAUCAGGUGAAGCAAUGCCAUCAGCAACAUUAUCAGACAGUGGUGAUAGUACUGGUAAUCGUUCAGCUGAUAAUGCAACACCACCAAUGCAUUUUUUAACACCACAUGUUGAAAUAUCAAUACCAUAUACUGAACAUAAUGAUGGACAACGUAAUUCAAGUCCAGUACAAUUAAAUGGUGAUGAUCCAAAUUCACCACAAAGUACUGAUAGCAAUAGUAAUGCACCAAGUAGUAGUCAUCAUCAAUUGCCAAUAAACAGUACAACAAUUCAUCGUAUUGGUGGCAAUGAGGAUUCAAUAACACCAUCAAUAUCAUUAAUACCAAUAAAACAAGAACCAAAUAGUAAUGGUCAUGAAGAUAAUUCAGCAACAUCAAGCAAUCAUUUGUUACCAUCAUUAAUUAAGGUAUCACCAUUAAAAUCUUUACUUCGUGAUGAUUUACGACGUAAAUUAACAAACACUAGUAAUAAUAAUAAUAAUAGUAAUAGUAAUAAUUGUAAUAAUAAUACAAAUGGUAUUGUAACGGGUAAUUUACGUGGUGAACCAGCAACAUCAACGAGGCCGGAUCCUCGUACAAGUGGUUUACAAUGUACAUAUUGCAGAAUAACAUUUCCCGAUCAGACAUUGUAUUUUUUACACAAGGGUUGUCACAGUGAUAGUAAUCCUUGGAAAUGUAAUAUUUGUGGUGAACAAUGCUGUAAUUUGUAUCAAUUUAAUUCGCAUUUAUUGAGCAAAAGUCAUCAGUGAACAAAAAAAAAAUAAUUGAUUAUUUUUUAACACUUUAAUAUCAUUGAGCGCAGCUUAUUGCUGUUUGAAUAUUGUGCCUUUUUGAUAGAAAAAAAAUAAUACUAAAAUUUAAUUAUUGCCAACAUUCACAUACACAAUUGUCCAUCGUGAUUAUUUCACCGUAAAUUUUCAUUAAUUAUGAUCCGUCCACAGAGGGCUUCACACAGAAUAUUCCAAGCUCUAAUUAGUUUUUACAACUGAUCAAAAUGAAAAGAAAAAAAAUUAAAUAAUAUUUAUCUUUUAAAUUAUUACUUGGUAAUGCACAUGUACUUUCGUUUGGUUUUUUUUUUUUCUUUUAUUUCGGAGCAUAUUUUAUUUUAUUAGACAAAAGUGAUGAUAAUUGAUAUGGCAAGUCAAUUAUUAAAUUACAUCAUAGUACUUUUAUUUGCAAUAUUUUCGUUAAUUUUUACAAUUAAGAUUUUACAUUUUAUUUUUUUUUUUUUCUUGAAGAAUAAUCAUGAAAGUUAUAAAUUUACAAAAACAAAGUGCCCAUGGCUGAUUGUAUUUUUUUAAAUUGAUCACGAUUGAUAAUAUAAAUUUUAGCAAGGCUUGUAGAAAAAUUACAAAAAAAAUUGUUGGCAUAAAUGGAAAUCAACUGGGUAAACGUCAUUAUUAUGAUAUUUUAUAUAUAAAUAUUUGUACAAAAGAGUAUUAAAAAAAAAAUUAACGCGUGAAAUAAUAUUAAACAAAAAAAAUAUAUAUGUUUACACGAAAUAUUCACGCUAAAAUUAUAAAUAAAACGUGUAAAUUUUAUUUUAAAAAUUAAAGCAAAUUUAUAUACACAAUAAUUUUCAUCACAGAAUUUAUAAAUAAUAUUUGACACCUGUGUUAAUUGUUCAUAAUUUCAUAACAAUUAUGUAUAUUUAAUGUUAAAAAUUUUAUUUAUUAAUUAAGUAAUUUAUUGUAUCUUGCAUUCCAGAAAAUAUUAACAAAAAACAAAAAAUACAAGUAGACAUAAAUCGAAAAGAAAAAAAAUUAAAAA